AAAGCAUAUGUUAAUGACCUGAAGUUCGCUAUGACUAAACCCCAUCGUGUCACCUUCCAAGUUCCACAUUCACACACAGGACUAAAAAUGCUGCAUGAAGAUCACCUGAUGUCUUCUUCUUCUUCUUCUUCUUCUUCUUCUUCUCUUGACUUGGUUUAUUCAGUCGUCCCUUUAAUUUUUCCCCCGCAAUGGAAACAGCUCAUCCAGCAUCAUCAGGAGCUGCUCUUUGAUCUGGAGCUGGCGUGUGCGCAUGCGCAGCUCAUUGCCUUCGCUGCACUGGCUUCAGUAAGUUGGAUGUGCGCUGUCUUCAUCAUCACAUCCAAAAGCCCAUCAAAACUGUUGCGAUGGAGAGUAUCGGAAAAACCCCACACAUCUUCCUAUUAUGUCCGCUGAUCGUGGCCGUGGCGUGCGCGCAAAGUAUCAGAGACCCGAGCAAUAUGCCGGUGGUCAAAGACACCGUGGACAGACUCAUGAAAGGAUACGACAUUCGACUGAGGCCAGAUUUCGGAGGCGCUCCGGUGGCGGUAGGGAUGAAUAUAGACAUAGCCAGCAUAGACAUGGUAUCCGAAGUAAACAUGGACUACACCCUCACCAUGUAUUUCCAGCAGGCUUGGCGAGACAAGCGCUUGUCAUACUCGGAGAUCCCUCUGAAUCUAACCUUGGAUAACCGUGUGGCUGACCAGCUGUGGGUGCCUGACACCUACUUCCUCAAUGAUAAGAAAUCCUUCGUUCACGGAGUGACAGUCAAGAACCGAAUGAUACGCCUGCACCCCGACGGCACCGUGCUCUACGGAUUAAGGAUCACCACCACCGCAGCCUGCAUGAUGGACCUGAGGCGAUACCCGCUGGACGAACAGAACUGCACGCUGGAGAUCGAGAGCUAUGGCUACACCACAGAUGAUAUCGAGUUUUACUGGCGAGGGGGAGACGGAGCCGUUUCUGGGGUGGAGAGGAUCGAGCUGCCUCAGUUCUCCAUCGUGGACUACAAACUCAUCUCCAAGAACGUGGUUUUCUCCACAGGUUCUUAUCCUCGUCUGUCUCUGAGUUUCAAACUCAAGAGGAACAUUGGUUACUUCAUCCUGCAGACCUACAUGCCCUCGAUCCUAAUCACCAUCCUGUCCUGGGUGUCCUUCUGGAUCAACUACGAUGCUUCUGCUGCCCGUGUGGCUUUAGGUAUCACCACCGUGCUGACCAUGACCACCAUUAAUACUCACUUGCGAGAGACCCUUCCCAAGAUUCCCUAUGUGAAAGCCAUAGACAUGUACCUGAUGGGCUGCUUUGUCUUUGUGUUCCUGGCGCUGCUGGAGUACGCCUUUGUCAAUUACAUCUUCUUCGGGAGAGGACCUCAGCGGCAGAAGAAAGCGGCAGAAAAGGCCGCCACAGCCAACAAUGAGAAACUCAGGCCCGACCCCAACAAGUGGUUGGUGGGAAGUGUAGUUCAGAGAGACGAUGCUCUCUAUGCCAGAAUGAAACAGAGGGAAAUUGACGGGUAUGACUCGAUGUGGGAUCCGAUCUUUGCGGAGGAUGCAGCAUUAGGACUAGGCGAUCAAAGACUUAAGAUGACCCCCGAUGAUAUCCGGCUGACCACAGUUGAGAUGAAGAACGAAAUGGGUCCGUCUGAUCUUUCCCGGGGUCUGGGUGACCCGCGUAACACCAUGCUAGCCUAUGACAGCUCCACCCUUCAGUACCGCCGGGCGGCCAUGGCUCGGCAAAACUACGGCCACAGCGCCCUGGAGCGCCACGCCACUCAGAAGAAAAGCAGGCUCAGGAGACGGGCUUCCCAGCUCAAGGUCAACAUCCCGGACUUGUCCGACGUCAACUCCAUCGACAAGUGGUCGAGGAUGAUCUUUCCCACCGUGUUUUCCUUCUUCAACAUAGUUUACUGGCUUUACUACGUGCAUUAAAAGGAUCCGGAGCGUGGAACGGACCAAAAGAGAAAACAAAGAAGAGUAAAAAAGAGAAUAAAACAAUACACCUUUUGCUGAUUUAUUUCAAAUAUAUAGCGGAAAGACUAAGGAAAGACGGUCAAAGUAAAAAAAAAAAAAAUCAGGAUUUAGUUUUUUCGUUCUAAAGACAUUGAGGAAACACAUCGGCGGCGGAACCGGAGAAAAAAACACGCAGUACAGGGCUUGUUCCAGAGUUUCAAUAUACCACUUAUAUUUGUCAUAUGUAGAUUACUCUGUGGAUCAAAUAUUUAUGCUUGUCUUUGCAUAUAUUUUAAGGAUUUGUUUUUUGGGUUAGUAUAUGUUUACUUCGUAGCCAACUGCAUCCAAGAAAGCUUUACAAAAGGAGUCAAGAGGAGUCGGUCGUGAAAGUCUAUUUUCCUAUAGUUAAGCUGUAUAUCAGAUAUCUUUUAAAAGCAUGCUUUGGUUUGUUUUCUUUAUCUCUUGCAGAGAGCUGGAGCACAAUGCAUUUUCAUUUGACACUUUAAAGGUUCUUCUGUUCUUUCAAAUGAGUUUGCAGGAUGCAAUGCAAAGACUCUGUCAGGAAGCCAUACAGGGUAUUUUCACAACAGGUCCUUUUACUAUUGCUUUUUUUUUUUGAUGUUGGGCCAACAAGGAAACUCAGCCCUAUUAAAACAAAGGUUUUAUCUGAUGCAGGGGAUAUAUGAACAGGCUGGGCCACGACAAAGGACGUAUAUGUGAUCCCAUGGACAAGGACGGACUGACAUGGACCAUUACCCUGGUGGUUGGACUCACUGUCCGCUCCGGCUGUGUCAACAGUACCUAGGCCGUGUAAAUGCUAAACAGUCCUCAUCUCUACACUGUAUAAACUUUGUGUGGUGAGCCGCUGAGGGGAAACGGCUGUUUAACAUCUCUCGAGUGUUUCGAGAUUGGAUGAGGCGAGUGAACCUCAACGAAGAAAGACGCAAUAUAUCUGUAAACCAUUAACACUAUCGAUAGAUAUAAGUUGAAAACUAGUAGCUGAUAUUACAUCAUGGUAAAAAAAAAAAAAAAAACACUUUCUGAUUCAGUAGUUAUAAUAUCAGAUGUUAAUGUUAUGGUUCAUUAUUUAAACGUAUUUUUUGGUGUAUUAGAUUUCUUAAUGUCGAAGACUUUGGUUGAUGAAAAAAAUCUUGCUUCUUAAAAAUUGGGCGAAGGAUCUGAAUCUUUUUCAAAGGCCUCAAAGCGCACCAGUUGAAUUCAAGCAAGAAACCGAUCAUUGCUACUCUGAAAUUUAUGGUAACUAUCACUUCAGUUCACUAACAAUAUGUGAAGGAUCUGGAUCAUACAAUCAAGGCAUCUGUCAGGCAAUUUUGUAUAAAAUCCUGUAAAUUAUAAUGAUAUUUCAUAAUGACCUGUAAAUAUAUAUAUUGUGUAAUGAUUGUCAACAAUAAUGAAAAUGUAUCUAAAUUAAAUUAUUAAAGCUUAAUGAAGCUUAUAUCUCUUAAA